AUGCUGAUUGCACAAGAUGAGAUUUUUGGUCCAGUACAGUCCAUCUUAAAAUUUAAGGAUCUACAUGAAGUGGUACGGAGAGCUAAUAGUUCUCGGUAUGGUCUAACUGCUGGAGUAUUUUCGCAGAAUAUUGACACUGCAAACACAUUGGCACGAGCCUUGAGAAUUGGGACGGUAUGGAUUAAUUGUUUUGAUACGUUUGAUGCUACAAUUCCUUUUGGUGGCUAUAAGAUGAGUGGUCAGGGAAGAGAAAAGGGAAAAUACGGUCUCAGGAAUUACUUGCAAGUGAAGGCAGUUGCGACAGCAUUGAAGAAUCCAGCAUGGUUAUAAACAUAAUCCUCUUAAGCAAUUUUUACAAAUAAAACUAAACCAUCAUGAUAUCAAAUUGCUCUAGUUUAUGAUGUUGAUGACGAUAAAUGUUGGUUUUCUUUCAAA